CUGAUGUGCCGGAUUAGGGUGCUUUUAGAUUUCGUAACCCAACAUUGUGCAGCAUUUGUGUGUUAAAACUGUUGUUUAUGUUAGCUCGUCUCAGCGGUGACAUUAAGAGCCUUUUGGAGCACCGCUAAUCGCGUUCAAACAGGCUGAAGACUGAUCCAAGUUAGACGUAGCUAGUUUGCGUUACAUACAUAACUGGCUAACAGAAGCUAACGUUAGCUAACCGUUCAGUCGAUAUAGGUUAUUUGCAUUAACGUUAGAAUGGGUGAGGAAAUUAACGAGAAGCUCAUUAACACAGACAAUGGAGCUGCCAGUACGACCAAUGUGGAGGAAAACGGCGAAACUGUAGAAUGUGGUGUAAAAUAUUACACAUUAGAAGAAAUAAGAGUACAUAAUAUGAGUCAUGACACAUGGCUCAUCAUCCACGACAAAGUAUACGACAUCACAAGUUUUCUUGAAGAGCAUCCAGGAGGUGAGGAGGUUUUGCUGGAGCAGGCCGGUGCGGAUGCCACAGAGAGCUUUGAGGAUGUCGGUCAUUCCACAGAUGCCAGGGAGAUGCUCCAGCAGUACCUUGUUGGGGAGCUUCACAUGGAUGACAGAAAAAAGGUGCCCUCAAAGGAGGUACAUGAAACAAAUUCAGGACAGUCCAGCUCCUGGACCAUGUGGUUGAUACCUGCUGUUGUAGCAGCUGUUGUUGGUGUCAUGUAUCGCUACUACCUGUUUGAACACAAGUCCUCUUGAGUGCUGGCAUCCUGUUUUCAUCUCAUUCUUUUCAUCUGGAGGCCUUGAAAUGUUUGACCAAAACCUCCUCACAGUGAACGCACACAGUUAGGAGUGUGUGCAUCCUCUGCAACAAGAAAAGGAGGGGAACAGUUUGAUAAAGUACUUUUGUCCUUGUUCGUCUACAUAGAGUGCACCAAAUAGACAGGCGGGCAGAGACUUUAUUAAAUUGUCUGCCUUCAGUUUCUUCGUAUUUCAUUGUCGCUAUGCCUGUUGUCAUUCAUGUUAAACGUUGUCUUUAACUUAAACUCUCAUAUGCAUUUGACCCAGUUUGUAUGCUCAUUAACCAUUUGCCUGCUCAGACAAAGGUUUUGUUAACAGCCUGGUUUUCAUACACCAUCAUGACCCAGAUAGACUAAAUGAAAACACUGAAGGAGAUGUCAGUAUGCAAAGUGGUGAUGAAAUCAGGGUAGUGGUUAACAGCGACCAGUACACAGUCUACACUGAAUUAUAACAUCAAAUGCAUUUCCGUAGUUUUGAUAGAGUGAGAAAUGUUACUGCUGUCUAACUCUCGAUAAGAAUCAUGAGUUAAUUCCUGUCACUGCUUACUGGUUGAAAAUGCAUAAUCUUUCCAGUUAUGUAAUUGCGGUGUCAAAUCUUUGUGUCUGUUCCUUUCUGAAAAUGGUGGUGAAUUAUAUUGUAUCAGUGAUUUUUUUAAGGUUGGAUGUGUUCUGACUCCUUUUUAUACAGUUCUGUUAUCAGGAAUUUGUGUAAAUGUUCAAAAUACCUGAUCCAUAUAUUGAUAUAAAUUAAUGUAGUAUGUAAUGAUACAAUAAUAUUUUAUUACCCAGAUAUAAUAACUGACAGUGAAUGACUGAGUGAAUACCCUUGAAAGAAGAGAAGGAUUUGUUAUUUGAUUGUUGUUUUUCAAAUUUCACUGUUCCCCACUAUGCCAUUUGUUAUUUAACUUUAACUUUAUUUCAUUGUAACACAUCUUAAUUCUAUGUUUUGGGUGAAUGGUGCUGGCAGUUGAAAAGUGUCCAAUCAAGUCAGCAAGUUGUUAUUUGAGCCGUAGAUGAGUGUCUUUCAAGCUGCAGUCAGUCAUAAUAAUCUAUUUUAGUUUUUUUUUUUUUUUUUUAAUUCUGUAGGUUGCUCUACAGAUUUUGGCACUGUUAAAUAUGUUUUGGUUCAGGUAAGCGCUGCAUAGCAUUUCUAAAAUCACUCCUUGUAUCGACUAUUCUGAAAUAGCUGCUCAUAUUACUAUCGCAAACGCAUCCUCCAACUACAAAGACCAUAACAAUUUGAAGUCCAUUUACCACGUUUCAAUACACAAAAGUUUCAAAUAUCUGAAAAAAAAACGUGCUGCUAUUUUCACCUGGCUACAAUAUUUACUUGCAGAUGUCAGAAUGUAGUUGGUUGUCUGUGAAGAUGAAUAUUUGCCAUCUCUGUGCAUCUCAACUGCCAUUUCCUGUCAUUAAAAGUCUCUUUGAAUAAAAUUAAUCUUUCAAAAGUG